AUGCAUGGGGCCGCCUCCCGCCGAGCGGCGCCGGCGUGGCGGUCGUCGUGCCUGGCGCUGUGCCUGCUGCCCGUCGUGCUGCCGCUGCUGCUCCUCUGCCUCCCGCUGCUCUGCGUCGCCGUCGCCGUCGCCCGCUUCCGCCGGCGGCGGCGCAGGCUGCUGCUGAUGACGGUGACGGCCAAGAGCAGGAGGUGCUGCCCCAGUCAGCGGUCUGAGGAGGCGGAGGGCGAGGGCCGCCGCGCCGCCGCCGCGCUGCUGCACAAGUACCUCGAGGACCAGAUGGAGCUCGUGGGCGCCGACGCCGGGGCAGGGGCAGCCCCCGCCGCCGUUGCCGUGGACCCGACGCCGAGCUCGCAGCGAAGCCACCCGCAGCAGCAGUAG